GUGUUGGAACUAGUUGAAAUCAAAUGAGUCGUACAGCCAGUGCCGCUGCUGUAGCAGCGUCCUCGGCUGCUGUGAACAACAUCAAUAAUACUCAAUCUGGAGCGAAUGGCGGCGGCCACGGGAACACCGCUGGCGGAGGUAGCGGUAGUGGUGGUAGCGGUAGCGGGAGUAACGCCACGAUUGUCGGGUUGCACUACAAGAUUGGCAAGAAGAUUGGAGAAGGCUCGUUCGGUGUGAUCUUUGAAGGUACCAAUAUGAUCAACCAGGUUCCUGUUGCAAUCAAGUUUGAGCCUCGAAAGACGGAGGCUCCGCAGUUGAGAGAUGAAUAUAGAACCUACAAGCAUCUCAACGGAUGUGCUGGUAUUCCGAAUGCGUACUACUUUGGACAGGAGGGACUACACAACAUUUUGGUGAUUGAUUUGUUGGGUCCCUCGCUCGAGGAUUUGUUUGACUGGUGUGGUAGACGGUUCAGCGUGAAGACCACGGUACAGAUUGCCGUGCAGAUGAUCACGCUUGUCGAAGAGGUGCACUCUAACGACUUGAUUUACAGGGACAUCAAGCCGGACAACUUCUUGGUUGGAAGACCAGGUCAGCCUGAUGAGAAUAAGAUCCACCUAGUUGAUUUUGGAAUGGCCAAGCAGUACAGGGAUCCAAGAACCAAACAACAUAUCCCAUACCGUGAAAAGAAAUCGCUAAGCGGAACCGCUAGAUACAUGUCGAUCAACACACAUCUAGGUAGAGAACAGUCAAGACGUGAUGAUUUAGAAGCAUUGGGCCAUGUGUUUUUCUACUUUUUGAGAGGUCAAUUACCAUGGCAAGGAUUGAAGGCACCAACUAAUAAGCAAAAAUACGAGAAAAUUGGUGAGAAGAAGAGAACUACCGCGGUUAGCGAUCUUGGAAGUGGAUUCCCUCCACAAUUUGCUCAAUAUUUGGACAUGGUUAGAUCCUUGAACUUUGAGGAGACCCCUGAUUAUGAAAAAUACAGGGUUUUGCUCUUGAGUGCACUGGAUACUAUUGGUGAGGUUGCAGAUGACCAAUACGAUUGGAUGAAGUUGAACGGUGGUAAAGGUUGGGAUCUCAGCAUUAACAAGAAACCAAACCUACACGGUUAUGGACAUCCAAAUCCUCCAAACGAGAAGGAUCGCCAUCACCGUCAACAGAGAAGAAAUAAACAUUUGCAACAACAAAUCCACCAACAGCAGCAGCAACAACAGCAGCAGCAAUCACAACAGCAUCAACAACAACAAUUGCAACAGCAACAACAACAGUUUAGCUCUACAAUCACAAACACCAAUGUCGUUGCAUCUAACAGCAACAAUAAAGGCUUGAAUCAACCACCAUUGAACUCAACACAGCAGUUCCAAAAUAGACAACCUGCUCCUGUCAGAGAGAAAGUUGAAUCGCAAGCCUCACCAGCUGAUGCAAGACAGCAACAGAUUAACAAUCAACACGCAGAUGAUGACAAUCAAUCAAAGGGAUUCUUUGCAAAGUUGUUUUGUUGUUCCUGAAGAAGUCCUUCCUUGCUUCAUCCCCUCAAGAAAGAUAAAAAAAAUGUGUUCAAAAGAAAGAGUCGAAAGUGUUUAUUACUGUGUAAGAUAGAACUGUUUAUCAAUUUACAAGCAUUUUAUUCCCCCCUAAUUAAUAUAUACAUGGAAU